UUGAGGUUGCAGAAGGGUUUAUGAAUUUUUUACUUCUUUAAUAUCAUGUUCCGUGCCUUUUGCCUGUUUGCCCCUGUGCUGCAUUAUAUUACAUUACCCAUAUUCUAUCUUAGAGUAUUUUUUCAUAACCUUAUAUGGUGUAAAGGUGUAAAGAUCUGUGAAGUCUUUCUGUAAACUACUAUACCCCAUACAUGGCCAUACAAAAAUGGAGUCCAGAAUGACGAGUCGGCCCAAACAGAGUAUUCUCGACAAACCGCUCAGCAAAGGGAAGGGCGAUCUCAACCUGAGCUCGUUCGCCUUCCUGUUCUCCGAGAUGGUUCAGUACUGUCAGAACCGGGUCCACACCGUGCCGGAACUGCAACAGAAACUGUCCGACCUGGGACAACACGUCGGCUUCCGGAUUCUGGACACACUGUUUCUCAGAGAAAAGAAUUACAAGCGGGAAAUCAAGCUCCUGAACAUGCUCCUAUUUGUGAAGACGACAGUUUGGAAGACGCUGUUUGGGAAAGAGGCAGACAAGUUGGAACAUGCCAAUGAUGAUGACAAGACAUACUACAUUGUCGAAAAAGAUCCACUGGUCAACAAGUUUAUCUCAGUUCCAAAGGACAAGGGCAGUUUGAACUGUGCAGCCUUUACUGCAGGGAUUGUGGAGGCUGUUCUGAAUGGCUGUGGUUUCCCUGCUAAGGUCACGGCACACUGGCAUAGAGGCACAACCUACAUGAUCAAAUUUGAUGAGGCAGUCAUCCUCAGAGACAAGAGCAUGGAAGGACGAUAGGAUUGACUUACUGUAGUCUAGUAUCUAGUAAAUACAUGUAUUACAUUGAAGCUCACCUGUGUUUGGUAGAAUGCAAUAUCGUAGAAAGAAGUUAAAUACUGCAGAUCUAAUAUCGAAACAUUUCACUCACUUCAGAAGUUGUGUGGUCGUUGACUUAGAACUUGGUCUAGGUUCUAUUACCUAGAAGCCCACAUUGUUCUGCCCUUCAAAAGUCACUUUACUCAGGUGAAAAUGAGUACCUAGCUUUGGUUAGGGACAUCCUCUCAGAUGAGAUGUGAAGCUGCAGGUCCCUGUGAUUGAUGACAGCCAAACCUCAAGUAAAAAGAGGUGUGAGUAGAUCAAAUCUUACAGUUCGGUCUUAUGCAGCUUAUACUUACUAUUCAAAACUGAUGUAUUAUGCCUUAAGGCGAUGUACUUGUUAUAUAAAAGAAACAAACAAACAUAUGUUUUAAUGAAGACACUAGCAUUCGGUAAAAAAAAGCUGUAUGGUGAGCAAAAGUUUUGAAUGUUAGAUCUGCAGUAUAACCUUCUCAAUAUCUACAAGUAGAUGUGAAUAUGUCUUGUCUAUUGACAUAAUAAUCUAUUGUAAGUCAUUGUCAUAAUCACUGUUGUUGAAUUAAAAUUUGGACUGGGACAGCGAUUGAUGAAAUGUUGGGGUCUGUAUUAGCUGUCUAUGUAUAUGUAUAAUAUAACUACCGCAGACAUUGUGGUAGUUUUGAAUUGGUAUUCAUUUUUGCUAAUGUGGAAUAAAUGCCACAUCUUGAUGGUAGAAGGAAGUA